UUGACUACCAAAUGAAACCAUCUCAAACAAAUCCAUGGCUUCCAUGUCUCCUUUCCCUGCAUUAGCUUCAUUUCAUGAUCACGAAAAACCAGACCUCAAUUCCAUACAGGAACUUGUCAUUUCUGUCAACAAGUACAUUGUUGAGCUCUUAGCAAACACCGAGAUCUGGAAUUCACUGAGAAUUAGAUGCACCUCCAGGUUACAUAUUGAAAAGCAGGAGUUCUUCGAAUUUUCAGAGCAUUCUGUCAUUUCAAAUUUGUACUGGGGGAUCGACAGCAUUGAAAAUGCAAUUCGAGCAAAAUUUUCAGAAGAAAGAACUUGUCGACUGCAGAAUUCUGAGAGAAUGCUUCAGGUCCCAGCGUUACUAGACGAGCAUGGAGUUACAGCUGGAAUUCCAAACCACUAUUUGGUUGCCUCUUCCUACUUUUAUCUCUCAAUGGUGAGAAAACUCCAAGGUGAUCAAUGGCAGGCUGCACUGCAUUUUGUCCAAGCAUUCUUGGUCUCUCCAAGAUUUGUCCAAACUGAAAUUGCUCUAGAACUUUGCCAGAGUCUUUUCCCCUCCUGCUCGACAUCUGAAACGCAUUCAAAGGAGACAGGAAGAAGGUCAGAAUCUGUUCUUAGCAAGGAUUUUAAUGACAGUAACUGUGAAGCUGCAAGGCAGAUUGCCAGAAGAUAUAAAUAUUACCUAACUUACUAUCAAGUCAUGUCAUAUGGAGAGACCACUCAACAGUUUAAUGGCAGUGAAGAUGUGCCUCUCUUUGAUAUCAAAUCACAGAAUUAUGGGGAUGGGACAUCCAGUGCUGCAGAAUCUUCAAAGUUAGAUGAGCAUGCAACCAAAUCACAAACAUAUUGUACGAAAAAAGCAAUGCAGUUUGAGAAAGUCCACCCAGUUGAUUUUCAAGAAAAUAAAACUGAUCGCGUCACAGAAGUACCUAAGACAAAUGGGAAGAUACCAGAAAUUCAAGAUUAUAGUCAACAUUUGAACCAAAUUCCAAAGUUAAAACUUCGCAAGGCAAAGUUGAACACAAAUCUAACCAUCAGAUGCCUCCAGGAUAUCCUGGGAGAAUAUCAGUCAGAUUCACCAACCUCAGUAGAUUCACAUUACAAUGAUUCUGGAGAAGAUGAUUUUAUGGAAAAUAUGGAUGCUGUUAAAAGCUCAGGAAGAGCCGCAAGCACAAAUGCAGGAGAUCUGCAACCAGGAAUUUGUCAUCAGAAGCUUGCUGCUCCUUGCUCUACAUCAGGCCGAGAGGGCACAGGAAAAAAUCUGCUACAAGCUCCUGAGCAUCUAAUGCACAAAGAAGAUGAACUCUAUACCAAAAAGUCUUUUUCUGGCAUAUCUCUCAAUUCUAUCAGUGAUUUAAAUUUAUCCAUCAUGGAGCUCCAAGGUAAGGACUCAAACAGCUUUCCUGAUGCCUAUGAGGAAGAUGCUGCAAAUCAGAUGAUAUUAGAGAUGCAUAAAGUCCAGGGCCUUGAACACAUAACAUCUACUAGUCUGAAGAGCUGUAGGUUCACCCAGAGGGACAAUCGAAUGUCUGCUACAAGGAAAAUGUGGAAUUCCCAUAGCCAAAAAAGAUCAAAUGAUGUUUGCAUAUGGUCGGCAAAAGAUCCCAAGAGUGAAUUACUGGCUAAACUUGAGGAUGCGAUUUCAAAACUAUGUUUUUCGAAAAUACUACACAAACAUGAUGAAGAUUAUGCUGUAGAAGCUACAACCAUUUGUGAAAUGUUGAACAGCAAAACAGGGCUAAAAUAUACUAUGCUAAAAGAUGUGAUUCUUGAUCAACUACUAGCAGCUAUUACGACUUCCAAGGAGGAAACAGCAAUAAGGGCAUCGGUCUCUAUACUAACAACAAUCAUUUCAGCAAACAAAUCAGUCAUAGAGGAUAUAAAGAAGAAAGGUUUGCAGUUAAGUGAUUUGGCAAGUGCUCUAAAACAAAAUGUACACGAGGCAGCUACCUUAAUCUAUUUGAUAAAGCCAUCUCCUACAGAAAUAAAGAGUCUAGAACUUUUACCUGCACUGGUGGAGGUUGUGUGCACUUCAAAAACUUACAAGUGCAGGCCAACAUCACUUCUAUUGACACCCCCUGGGGCAUCAUUAAUGAUUAUUGAAGUGCUAAUAACUGCAUUUGACUACGAUACGAACAAAACGCACUUGGCCGCAAUCAAUUCUCCCCGUGUCCUCAAUGGACUUCUGGAAGUUGCAAAAGAUAGAAAUCUGAAAGAAUUCAUAUCUUUGGCCACUGUUCUAAUAAAAUGCAUGCAGUUUGAUGGCCAGUCAAGGAAAUAUAUAUCUCAGAUUACUCCUGUUGCUCCAUUUAUCAGUCUCCUACAAAGCAAUGAGAAGCGUGCAAACUUCGUAGCACUUGAAUUUUUCCAUGAGAUACUUCGCAUGCCACGGUCAUCAGCCAUUAGCCUAUUGCAGCAGAUAUGGAAAGAAGGAAGCAUACACCUUAUGCAGACACUAAUUCUUUGUGUCCAACAAUUGCAGUCAGAUUACCAACUUUUUGCAGCAAAUUUAUUACUGCAAUUGGAUGCACUGGAUAAUUCAUCCGGUAAAAGUAUGUUCAAAGAAGAGGCUAUGAAGGCCAUCCUAAAGUCAAUGGCUGAAGAAGGUUCUUCAAACCAGCUAUUAGCCUUAUUCAUUUUAUCAAAUAUUGGUGGAACUUAUACAUGGACUGGGGAACCGUAUACAGUAGCAUGGUUGGUCAAAAAGGCAGGUUUAACUUCCUUGCACCACCGGAAUAUGAUAAGAGAUUUUGAUUGGUUGGACCAAAGCUUACAGGAUGCAGGUCUAGAUGCAUGGUGUAGUAAGAUCUCAAGGAGUAUCAUCGACAUGGGAAAAUCUGUUUUUGAUGCUUUAGAGAAGGGAAUAAAGAGUAAGAUAAAGAGGGUUUCAAGAGAAUCUCUCACAACUAUUGCAUGGCUUGGUUUCGAAAUAACAAAAUGCUCAAAUGCGGUAAAAAAUUUGGCAUGUGAGAUCCUCCUUGGAGGGACUGAGCAAUAUUUGCACCCUGGUUUUGAGCUUGAGGAAAGGUUUCUGGCAUGUUUGUGCAUCUACAACUAUGCCUCUGGUAAAGGGAUGAAGAAGCUAAUCCAUUUCUCGGAAGGAGUCAGAGAAUCUCUGAGACGUUUUUCAAAUGUCACGUGGAUGGCAGAGGAAUUGCAUCAAGUAGCAGAUUACUAUCUGCCAAAUAAAUCACGUAUUUCUUGUGUUCACACACAAACUGCGGAGAUGCGUCAGAGCAGCAGUGGUGCAGUGAGUGCCCUCAUCUACUACAAAGGCCUGCUUUACAGUGGUUACUCAGAUGGCUCAAUUAAGGUGUGGAACAUCCAAAUGCAGUCAGCUACACUUGUAUGGGAAACUAAUGAACACAAGAAGGCAGUGACAUGCUUUUCACUCUUUGAACCAGGGGAACGUCUUUUAAGUGGAUCCGCAGACAAAACCAUCAGGGUCUGGCAGAUGAUCAAAGGGAAACUGGAAUGCAUUGAAGUCAUAGCAAUGAAAGAACCAAUUCGAAAGUUGGAUACAUAUGGAAAAAUUAUUUUUGCAAUUACCCAAGGCCACAAGAUGAAGCUGAUAGAUUCAUCGAGAAUGGUGAAAAGUAUCUGCAAGGGUAAAAGUGUGAGCUGCAUGACUGUAGUUCAGGGGAAGAUUUACAUGGGCUGCACGGAUUCAAGCAUAAAGGAGUUAAACAUAACAAACAAUCGGGAGAGAGAAAUCAAAGGACCAGCAUCAAUUUGGAGGAUUCAAAACAAACCAAUCAGUACAAUCCUAAUGUACAGAGACUGGCUCUACAACUCAAGUUCGGCCGUUGAGGUUUCAAAUAUCAAGGAAUGGAGAAAGCACUGUGAGCCUCAAAUGUCAAUAGCUGCAGAGAAAGGAGCAAAAAUACUAGCAAUGGCAGUUGUUGAAGACUUCAUUUACCUAAACCGCAGCUCAUCGACAAGCACCCUUCAGAUAUGGCUGAGAAAAACACACCAGAAAGUGGGAAGAAUAUCAGCAGGGAGUAAGAUAACAAGCAUCCUCACUGGCAAUGACGUUGUUCUAUGCGGUACAGAAACAGGGAUAAUCAAGGGCUGGAUCCCCCUAUAGCAGGAAAACCCUGCAACUUUUUUCAUCACAAGCCCGCAUACAAAAACUGGAAACCAAAGUCAGAAAGCAAGAGAGCCGUUGUAUAUUUUUUAAGCACUGGGCCAAAUACAGAAGUGGUGUUGAACUGGAAUGUGGUUGUAAAUGAAGAAUGUUAAUUUGUAAUUAAUAUAGUAGUUGCAUGGCAGAAAAUGGGCGAUUGCUAUAGAGAUAUAUCACAGAAUUUUGUCUACUUUACAAGAAAUUUAUAAUAUAAGUAUUUCAGUUGUAUUUUCUACAGCCA